AUGCAUCUCUACACUUAUCAAUAUAUUACCUAUCUAUCAACACAUCUCUACAUCUACCAAUUCUUUACCGAUCUAUCUAGCAAAACAGCAGUACAUCAACAAAUUCUAUACCUAUCAAUCUACCAACACAUCUCUAAAAUAACCAAUUCUCUAAAUAUCUAUCUAUUAACGUGUCACUAUAUCUAUCAAUUCUGUAUAUAUCUAUCUGCCAGUACAUUUCUAUAUCUAUCACUGUUUUAUCUAUCUUCUAACACAUCUUUAUCAAUUUUGUACCUAAAUGCUAACAGAUCUCUACAUUUACCAAUUUUGUACCUAUCUAUCUGCCAACACCCGCCCUGGACGUUGUUCUGUUUAUAUUUGGUGCCGUUUCAUUUACCCAAUUGUGCGUCCGCGUCUGGAUUGGUUCGACUUGGCGGAGAGACACCAAGCGAAAACCCACCUGGCUUCCUUGAGAUCAAAUUCACAGCGUGGGAAUGGAGUUCACUGUGGGUGGAGUCGACUCAGAAACCGGCUUCUAGUUACCUGCCUCGUCGCUGUCGACAAAGAAUUCGUUCCAGGACGAGGGACCUUCGUGGUCUAGUUCCCGGAAGGCCGAUCCAGCGCCAAGGGGCGGUUACAACUGUAUCUCCCAACACAUCUUUACAGCUACCAAUUCCGUAG